UGCUGCUCACGAAUGUGAUUGUUUCUAUCUAACUUUAACUUUUUAUAUAUAUAUUUAUUUGUUUAUUUAUUUAUUUAUUUAUUUCGGAAGCAGAGAAAAAUGAGUUUUUAUCAUCUGGUGAUGAAUUAUUUUCUUCUCGGAGUUCUGCUGUCGGUUAAAGGAGCGUCUGCUGCUCAUGCUCAGUCUGAGCAGGUGUGGGCCCCCGCCGGCGGGGUCGUCAUCCUGCCCUGCCGCCUGAAGUCCUCCUCCAGUGAUGUCCUGCGAACCCUGGAGUGGUACAAGAAGGACCUGAACUCAAGAACAGUCUUCUUGUACCGGACCGGCUUCGAGAUCCCCGAGAUGAAGAACGAGGACUUUGAGUUCCGGACGAGCCUCUUCCACAAGGAGCUGAAAAACGGGAACACCUCGCUGAGGAUCUCCAACCUGAAGCCGUCCGAUGCAGGAACCUACAGUUGCUUAGAGAUCCUGAAGGAUGGWACCAGAGAGGAAACAGUGGUGGAGCUGGAUGUUGGUCCUGUUUUCCCAGCUGUUUAUUUGGACCUGAAGCUCCACAUGGUUUCUGCUGAUAGUAGAGGGGUCACCGUGGAGUGUCAGGUCCGGUGCUGGUCACCAGAACUGGAGAUGAAGGUUCUGGACGGCGAAGGAAACCACGUCCCUGGAAAGCAGAGAGAAGAACCAGGAAGUGGAGGAUGUGUUUCAGCCACACAAAGAGUCACCCUGCAGGACCCCACCAGCAGGGUCGUGUGCAGAGUUCACCAGCCAAUGACGAACCAAAACAUUUCUGCAGAGAUCCUCACCCCAGGUUCUGGGUCUGAGAUGUGCUCCAGCUUGAUCAUUGUCGUCUGUGUUCUGGUGGCUGUUUGUGUGGUUGCAGUUGCAGCUGUAGUUGUUAUAUGGUUCAGAAAGAAAUGUUUUAAAUCAGGGAAGACGAAACCAUCAAACCAAUCUGGUGCCUCAGAAAUCUCAGCCAUGCUGCCGGUGCAGUCGCCUCAAACCACCGAGACUGAAAAUAAACAAAAUGACCUCAUUCACAGUCUGCGUGAAGAGGUGGCUCUGCUCAGGUCACAGAAUGAUGCUAAAGACGAGAUGACCAUCCAUCUGCUACAGAAACAAACCUCCUCUCUGCCGUGGGGUGUUAUGUGCCGUCUCAACCAGCCAACAAUACCCCCAAGUCCCUCCAAAUCCUCACUGGAGUCCUCAGAAACCCCAAACCCAACACCAGACUUCAACUCUGACAGAAGAAAGCUUCUUCCAAAACCUGAUAAACCUUCCAAAAAGAUCGGUCCAAAAGACGACAAAGCAAAAAACAACCACCCAGCUCCCAGUCGCCCCCUACAGAAAAAACGUCGUAACAGCAGCCCAGCCCAUUUCACUACAGCUCCUCCAGUGUUUAAAUCUCCAGUCYACAACAAAAACAAAGAUCCAGUGGUCCACAUUCGUUCACAGAGUGAUCCGGUGCACCAGUUUGACCCCAACCCYGCAAACUAUCAGGGAGGAGACGGUUCUGACAGCWGCAGCAGGUUCUGGACCUCUGGUUGUCUCAGCAGGAAGUGCAGACUGAGCAGUUGGUGGGACAGGAUGCUGCUGACUCGCUUCUGCCUGACGCUGACCUGUCUUCAGCUCAGCCCGGACCGCUCUCAGUUCUUUCGCUAUGACUCGGUCUCCCUGACCUGUGAGGAUCUGCUGAACUCCACCGGCUGGAAGGUGAAGAGGAACACGUGGAGUGGAGGGGUCCGGCUCUGCUCCACCUCCUCUGGCCCCACCUGCACCAUCAAAGACCUCUACCCAUCUGACUCUGGGGUGUACUGGUGCGAGUCGGACUCAGGAGAGAGAAGCAACGCUGUCAACAUCACCGUCACCGAUCUCAGAGUGAUCCUGGAGAGUCCUGCCCUGCCGCUCUCUGAUGGAGCUGCUGUGACCCUGCGCUGUAAAGCUGAGACCGACCCGUCUCGUUAUAAAUAUGACUUCUUUAAAGAUGGCCGCCCCCUCAGAUUCAACAGCUCAGGGGAGAUGACCAUCCACAGGGUCUCCAGAUCUGACGAGGGGCUCUACAGCUGCAGCGUCACAGACGGAGACAGGUCUGAAGGAAGCUGGCUCAUUGUUUCAGAUCGACCUCUGUCAUCUUCAGCUCCGCCUACAGCCGUGAUGUCAYUUCCUGUCUACAGGGUGCUGUGUCACCUGCUGGUGGGAACUCCUUACCUGUUGUCCACCAUCAUGCUGGGACUCAUCUACAGAGACAGGAAACGAGCUGCUCAGACGGUCGCAGGCCGGAGACGCAGACAGGAAGUUGUCAUGGAAACGGCUGUUUGAAUUUCCUGCAACAUUUCUGAUGUCAGAAAUGUUGAUGAUGUUUAUUAUAUAAUCAUUUUACUUUAAUACAA